AUGGAUUCUCCGUCGCACCAGAACGAAUGGUAUGACUUUGACAGCUUUUUCGAGUUUCCCUCGGGCGAUUUCGACAGCAAUUCCACCUCGGUAGAUUCAAUCUCCCCCAAGGACUUGGAUCUGAGCUACACCGAGGCGGAUGCGUCCAACUGGAAUUCCAACAUCGGCGCCUGCUCCCAGGCGCCAUUCCCGGAAUUGGUGGACUGCGAGAACCUGUUCGGAGAGUAUGCUCUCGGCACCGAAUCCAUCUCGAACCCUAACGAGACCCUGCAACUUCCCUCGACAUCCGAGGCCGAAGGGUCCAUAGGUUCCACCUACGAUGGCACGUGGUCGCCUGAAUUCUCAGGCCACAAUGAUCAGUUCUACUCGACCAUUCGCCAGAUGGUAGAGUCCCAAGCAGCGACGGGUGCGGGCUACGCCUCCAAAAAGGAGAAGCGUAUCGAGGCAUCCAUUGCGCUGCAUAUGCAGCGGCUCCAGGAUGUGUCUCUGCCUGAUAUCGAACUGUUCUCGGACUCAAAUACCUCGUUUCCUUCGCCCUGCUGGUCGGAGACUGCCCGACCAAAUGCUUCUCUUGACGGGAGCCCGGCUACCACCCUCCUGUCCGAGCCUACUAGCAAAUCCCCUACACCUCCCUCCACGCUUGAUGCCUCCUCCGGAGGGAUGGAGCUCGUAUUGGACUUGAACAUGAACACGACUUCCAACGUUCCGAAGAAGCAAAAGCCCCGAUCGCGGGCCCAGAAAGAGAACUACAUCAAGGUUCGCAAGCACGGGGCUUGCGAGAAACAUAGAAAGCAACACAAAAGAUGCAACUGCCUCGAAGCUACCAUUUCUCGUGUCGACAUGGCUGGGUCGCUUCUUUCUACCACGAAUGAAGUACUUAGACCGAUGAAGCACGCUCCACAGCUUCACGUUCGCGGCCAGGACCACGACAGACUUCUCCUACAAACGAAACUGAGACAGAACAACACGCAACAGUGUGUGAAGUCGGCAGCUCUUGUGGAUCGCAACAGUCCUACCCCCGGCGCCUCGUCGCCCGAGUCGGGCACUACGAGACACUCGCCUUGCCAUGUGCAGCGCCCGAUUAGCUCUCCAGACCAAGGAGUAAUGCUACAGGUACGGUCGCCCAUCAGGGAAUACAUACCUAGGGGCGGCGUUAACCAUGUUUCUUCGUCGACGGGACUACUUGCAAGCCAAACAGUACAAGAAUCGUCCACGGCCAACCCCGCUCAACGACCGAGCACGAACGCGGUCCAGGCGACGCGGCGUCCACCGCUUUCCAAUCGCGGGUCUCCAGAGCUAUGCACGAUUGUGCAUGGACGCGACCACGACCAGGUUCUCGGCCAAGGACUUCUCCAGAGAUGGCGUCUACGACCCACAAGCCGGACGGGACAAGAAUGCGUGCAACUACAGACUGUACAGCGCACGACGGGCUCGAAUGGUCUUGGCAACGAGGGAAUCGUUGUCCAACAGCAACUGCCCCUUCUAUCUACUGGAGAUCCUAUGACUGCGGAAGACCUGGUAGUCCCGGCUGAUGUUCGCCGCAAGCAGCAACCGCCGUCGGGACAACCACCACAACGCAAGAUCUGUUACCUGUUCAAUCUCUUCCCGUCAUGGACCCGAGCUCUACUCGCUACAUCUCUUGAUGAGAUCCGCGAGGUGUCUUCAACGAUAGAAAACCGCUCUUCGAUUCUCGCUUUCCUCCGGGCGACCCCACCCACCUUCCUCCGCCAAUCAACGCCCAAUCAUGGCGGCCUUCUCCUUUUCCUCGGCGCCUCAACGACUUCGCUAUCGCCGUCAAGCCCCGUCCUCCUCGUAAUCACCCUUCUCGUGGCCGGUCUAUUCAUGAUGGCGGAAGCUCGCUCAGACGAGUCUCAUCUCGAGUUCUCCGCGGUCCCGGGGUUCUUCUUACAGGAUGAUCCGGAGACCGAUCCGGAUACGUUUGAUUAUGUUUCGUCCAAUUUUGGACUGAUCUCUCGGUCCUACGACACAGACCAGGACUUUGACCCGGAGGGCAAGAAGACGCAAUGGCAGCGUCUAGCUCACCACAUUGAUGUGCUCAAUGAGAACAGCGGGUCCGACAUCAGUUAUAAACUUCUCUUUCUCGGACGCCACGGCGAGGGAUUCCAUAACGUCGCCGAGCAGAAGUACGGCACGGAAUUGUGGGAUUGCUACUGGUCGCUCCAAGAUGGGGAUGAGAACGGCACCUGGGUCGACUCCCGACUCACCAAGCUGGGUGAGUCGCAAGCAGGGACCGCCCACCGCGCCUGGCUCUCGCAGAUCGAGACCGGCAUCCCGGCACCGCAAUCAUAUUACGCGAGUCCGUUGAAUCGAUGCCUCGCCACGGCGAGCAUCACAUUCAAGGGGACCGGUCUGCCACUUACGGAGCCGUUCAGGCCGCUUCUUAAAGAGCUCCUCCGCGAAACCAUCGGCCUACACACCUGCGACUCCCGAUCCUCCAAACCCGCCAUACAGGCCGAAUACCCACUCGUUCGGUUCGAGGAGGGCUUCGCCGAGGAAGACCCCCUGUAUGACCCCGAUCUCCGGGAGAGCGAUACCGCGCGGGACGUCCGCUUCCGGGAUCUCUUCCAGGACAUCUUCGGGCACGACGACAACACGUAUCUGUCGUUGACGGCGCACUCGGGCGCGAUUACGAGUAUGUUGCAAGUUGUCGGGCAUCGGAAGUUUGCGCUGGCGACGGGCGGCGUCAUUCCGGUGCUUGUGAGGGCUGAGAGGAUCAAGGGGCCGUUGCCGGUUUGGCCGGUGGAUGACUGGACGGGAAAGCCGGAGUGUAAGGGGGAUCCGAUGGAUAGGGGAUUAUGGGCCCACGGGGCUUGA